AUGAGCUUCAACGACCUUGAGCGCGGGCAGGGCGCGCCCCUCCGUGGUCCCCCUGGAGACGACCCAGACUUCACAAAGGUCAAGGACUCGGUGUCGAUCCAGAUCUUCAAGAUCCAGAGUAAUGUGGUCGGUAUCCAGCGACUCAUUGAUAAGCUCGGUACCGGGGCGGACAGCACGCAGCUGCGGACAUCGCUGCAUAACCUCACCGAAGCGACGCGCGACAUGGUGAAGAAGUCGACAGAGGACGUCAAGGGCUUGGCGUCGUUCCCGACUGGCGGCGAGGGCCAGGGUCACCGCAAGGCUGUCCAGACCAAGCUCGGCCGCGACUUUACCCAGGCCCUCCAGGGGUUCCAGCGGGUGCAGCGCCUGAGCGCCGAGAAGCAGCGCGGAGCCGUCGAGGUGCAGAAGCGCGCUGUCGAGCUGGCUGAGGAGAGUGCUAUCGGCGACGAACGCAACUCUGUCGAGCUCGAGCAAGUGCAGACGCAGGCGCAGGCGCUUGCCCCGCAAAUCACGCAGCACGAGCUCGAGUUCCAGGAGCAGCUCAUCGCCGAGCGCGAGGGCGAGAUCCGCGAGAUUGAGACCGGCAUCCACGAGCUCAACGACAUCUUCCGCGACCUGGGCGCUAUUAUCCAGGAGCAAGGUGGCCUGAUUGACAACAUCGAGUCCAACAUUGUCAACGUCGCAGACCACACCACGUCGGCGGCCGAGGAGCUCACCACCGCACACGAGUACCAGCGCAAGGCCGGGCGCCGCGCUGCGUGUCUGCUCAUCAUCCUCGUCAUUGUCAUCAUGGUCGUCCUCCUUGCGAUCCUGUCGUAG